AUCCAAGUGAGUAUCAGUGUGUCCCUGCUAUCAUCCUCAUCCAAUCACACAGCUGCGUGCUGCUGUUGCUGCUGCGUGCUGCUGCUAUUACUCCCCAGUCUUCUGUCUCGCUGGUGAGAAACACUGCUGACGUUUUGGUCUUCUUCGACUUUACCCACUUUCUUCGCUCGUCCGACCCGUUUCAAUUUCGCCCCAUCUUUCUGUCGCCUCCUUUCCAACGUUGACCUCACCUCAUCUCCAACAGAAUGGCCGUCGGUAAGAACAAGAGGCUUUCAAAAGGAAAGAAGGGAAUUAAGAAGAAGGUUGUCGACCCAUUCACCAGGAAAGAAUGGUACGACAUCAAAGCACCUGGGUUCUUUGAGAACCGAAGUGCGGGCAAGACCCUUGUCAACCGAACUCAGGGAAUGAAGAACUCUGCCGACUCUCUCCGUGGCCGAGUCCUCGAACUGUCUCUCGCCGACCUCAACAACGACCAGGAGCAGUCUUUCCGAAAGAUCAAGCUGAAGGUUGAAGAGGUUUCUGGCAAGAGCUGCCUGACUUCAUUCUACGGUAUGGACUUCACCACGGACAAGGUCCGCUCGAUCGUCCGAAAGUGGCAAACCCUCAUCGAGGCAUCUGUCGAUGUCCGAACCACUGAUGGAUACGUUCUCCGACUGUUCUCUAUUGGAUUCACCAAACGUCAGGCCAACCAGGUCAAGAAGACUACCUACGCCAAGUCUUCUCAGGUCAGGGAGAUCCGGGCAAAGAUGGUUGAGAUCAUGAGACGCGAGGCUGAGGGAAGUGACUUGAAGGAGUUGGUCAAGAAGUUUGUGCCAGAGUCUAUCGGUCGAGAGAUUGAAAAGGCUUGCAAGGGUAUCUACCCCUUGCACAACGUUUACAUCCGCAAAGCCAAGAUUCUCAAGGCUCCCAAACUCGACAUGUCCAAGCUGCUCGAGACCCACGGCGAGGCUAUGGAUGCCAACACUGGAAGCAAAGUCGUCAAGGGAGGAGACUUUGUUGAGCCCGAGGUCCUCACUUCGGUCUAGAUAAAAGUGUUUUCUCCAAUGGCGUCCGUUUGCUAGGCAUAUAGGGAACGAGCUGCUGGCAUGUAUAGCUUAUGACCGAUGA